AUUGUGUCACAUUUUUAUUUGAAAAUGUUUCGAAUUUUUAUUUCUUCAAUUAUACCAAUCAUUGUGGUGAUAAGUAGCAUUGAUGGUAUUCAGGUGUCAGAUAAAAUAGAUUUGGGACCAGAAACGAAACCUUUGCCACGAAUUGAUCUAACAUCGAACUCAUGCAUUGAUUGCAGUGUAAUCUAUAAAGAUGGAAAGAAAAAUUUUAGAUCUAACAUCAAAGGAGAUGAAAUCUUAAGAAAAGGCGUUACUACCAAGUCGAGAUAUCCACAAAAUAAACCCGAUUCAAGUUGCAGUGGUCUAGAUGUAACAGUCAUUAACAACAUCCAACUAGUUCUAGAUAAUAAUGAAUCAAAUAUUAUUCCAAUUAAUCAACGAAAUUGUCAGAAUAACAUCUGUGCCGCGUCUGCGACGACAACGAAGGAUCAGCAAGGAAAUUUAGUAACGACCGUAAACUUAAAGAUAAUUACUAAAAUGAAGGACAUUAAAGUUCAUGAUGUUCCAGUGAUUGAUGGUGUCCGUGGACUUUAUCCAUUAAAUAAUUUUAAUCCAAAUCAUAAACCAAAUAAACCUCAGAUUUAUCGGCAAAAUACAAAUACUUUUCAACCUUCAUUCGGAGUUCCAAAGACUUAUUUUUCUCGACCGCACACGGAUUCAUUUUAUUUUUAUAAUCGUGGUAUCAGUAGAGAAGAAUCUCAUGGACAGAGUCCUUGGAUGACUGGCAGAGAUACGAUAGAUGAUAAAAUUGAACCGCCGUUAAGUAAAACUACAACGAAUGACCAGCAAUAAAAUUCUUUUUUUGUUUAAGAGAUUGUCAUCAGUUUAUACUUUAUAAUAAAUAUUAUACGAUAUGCAAAAUUAAAAAA